AUGUCUGGCCAGACGACCUCCGGGAAGGCCGCCACAACGUCCAUGUCGUCCAGCUUCGUGGCCAUCGCGGCGGUCGCCUGGGUAUCCUUCGUCCGGUCCAAGCACCCGUCCGCCAUCUCCACCAACCAUAACGUCUAUCUCUUCUUCUUCAUCGACUGUCGCGGGCGGCCUGGCAUUGACCCGCCCGUGAGUGAGAACUACUUCGGGACAUGCAUCACCGGGUGCCUCGUAAAGGCCAUGGCACAGGACCUCCUCGCUGUUGACGGUGUCGCAGCCGCCUCGGCGAUGAUUCAGCGGGAGGUCCAGCGAGCAGCGGCGGACCCGCUCGCCCUUUGGGACUGGUUGGACAUUGUAUCGUGGGUGCCACUCGACAAGAUGGUGAGCAUCAACGGGUCCACGCGGUUCAAGGCGUACGAGGUGGCCGGCUUCGGGUGGGGCGCGUCGAGCAGGACGGAGUUGGUCACCAUGAGCGACGGGCGGGUGGUGCUUGUCGCGGCCAAGAACGGCGGAGUGCAGGCAUCCGUGUGCAUGCACCUGGAUCAUGCCAGCGAGUUCAACUCGCACUUCCUUAAUUCUCUUGGUUGA